GUCCAACCCGGACGCCUGCCAUCAUCUCCGGCCCUCAUCUCCACUCCAACCCCCAGCAGCUGCGGCGGCGGCGAUGGAAGCGGAGCACAGGGCAUACGCGCGGGUGGGGCUGCUGGGCAACCCCAGCGACGUGUACGGCGGCAAGGUCGUCUCCUUGGCCGUCGCCGGCCUCUGGGCCACCGUCCGCCUGCGCCCCUCCGCCGAGCUGCUCAUCCAGCCCCACCCGCACCACGACCUCGUCGCCUUCCCCUCCCUCCUCGCCCUCGCGGAGCGGUUGCAGGGGCAAGGGUACUACGGCGGCGUGCGGCUGCUGAUGGCCAUCUGCAAGGUCUUCCACGGCCACUGCAGCCGCAACGGCAUCGCGCUCAAGGACGACAACUUCACCCUGUCCUACGAAACCAACAUUCCUCGCCAGGCCGGGCUGUCCGGUUCGAGCGCCAUCGUCUGUGCGGCUCUGAGCUGCCUCCUUGAUUUCUACAAUGUCAGGCAUUUGAUAAAAGUUGAGGUCAGGCCUACUCUGAUCCUCGAGGCCGAGAAAGAGCUUGGAAUCGUUGCCGGGCUUCAGGACCGGGUCGCGCAGGUUUACGGUGGGCUUGUUUAUAUGGACUUUAGCCAGGAGCAUAUGGAUAAGCUGGGUCAUGGCAUAUAUACGCCUCUAGAUGUCGGCCUACUGCCCCCUCUAUAUCUCAUCUACGCCGAGAAUCCAAGUGACUCUGGCAAGGUCCACAGCACUGUCAGGAAAAGAUGGCUUGACGGCGACGAGUUCAUAAUAUCAUCCAUGAAAGAAGUUGCGCAGCUUGCGGUUGAUGGCCGCAAUGCAUUGUUGCAGAAGAACUAUACCGAGCUCGCGAAGCUUAUGAACAGGAACUUUGACCUGCGGAGGCAAAUGUUUGGAGAUGACGUGCUUGGCGCAAUGAACAUAGAGAUGAUCGAGGUGGCCAGGAGCGUCGGCGCCGCGUCCAAGUUCACGGGCAGCGGCGGGGCGGCGGUCGUGCUGUGCCCUGACGGGGAAGCACAGGCGGAGCUCCUGAAGACGGUGUGCCGGGAGGCCGGCUUCCUCGUGGAGCCGAUCGAGGUCGGCCGGUCGGUGCUGACAGAGGAAGAGACGGCAAGCUUGUCAUUGUCAAAUUAUCUCAAUCCAGGACAUGAUCAGUAUGUCUACCGCCAUCCAAAUGGAUUGUGCGUGGUUGGUUUAGCCCCAGGCCAUGUUGCGCUGAAAGAAGAGGGGGGAAUAACUGCUGUGGACUUCAAUGUCGGGAAGACAGAUCGCAGUGAGAUAAAAGUCACAGGGAAACGUAAAAGAGUAAGUCUAUUAAUUCAUGGAUCUUCUCUGUUUGGUUAAUUAAUUGGCAGAUGAAUUAAUGUCCCUUUCAUAUUACAGAACGCACAACAUUUGCAAGAAAAUUCAGCACUAUGUAAAGUAUGCACAAAUGAUAAAUCUUUCAUAGUGAGGUGUUGUGUGAAAGGUUCACUUUUGGAAAUCAACGAUAGAUUGAUCAAACAACCGAAUCUGCUUAAUACCUCUUCUGACAGAGAAGGAUACAUAGCAAUCUUCAUGCCGAAACCAGUAGACUGGCUCAAAAUUAAGGAUAAAUUUCUUAGCUCCGAAGACUACAAGAGCUUGCGAGGAAUCAGUUGACACCAAAAGAGGAAUCCACACCGGUCAACUGCUUACUAUUUUUAACUAUGAAUGCGGGGCAGUCUCAGUCAACCAUUGACCUGAUCCUCGCACAUAUGCUGUUUAUCUUCUUUCAUAAUUUGAGAACCAAGCCAGUUACAGAUAACUCGUAUCUUACCGGUGCUGAUAUUCAUGAGCUAUUGAAGUCUCUUAUACUCAAACACUUGACAGCCUACCAAACUGGAGCAAGCUUUGAAAAUAGAAUCAUUUGAAGCUCAUAAAAGGUUGUGUACUUGACUCAACUGUGUAACUUGAUUGUUGCCCCGCAUGCAAUGCUUGAGAAGUGAAUGUCAGCCCAUUGAAUACAAAUGAGAAAUGAUGUCAGGUUGAUUUCUUCUCUUUUGGAUGCACAACAAUUCAUUUGUUUAUAACUUCAACUGGUUUCUGAAUCCUCUAUUUUGUGAGGAAAUAUGCAA